AAUAAUAGUUUUUAAAAAAUUAAUAACUAAUUUUCAAAUUAUAAUAAAUAAUCUCCUGAUAAAAUGAAUUGGAGACAAGUUUUUAAAUAUUUUUGUAUAAUUUUUGCAUCCGCAGUUCUUAUUUCUGCAUUAUGUACUGGUUUGUGGAUAUUUUUAUCUCAGAAAAAAGAGACUAAUCCGGUAGUUUCAACGCUGAAUUUAAAUAUAACUGAAGAAAAAAUAAAUAAUUUUAAUAAAACUUUAGAUAAAAAAGACGACAAUAAUAACAUUAAUCUUGAAAAAUUUAAUGGAAAAAGUACUGAUGAAGAAAAUAAGAACACUUUGAUAACACAUGAUGAAAAAACUAAACUCGAAAAUAAUAAUUACAACAUCAACAUCGAAAAUACGAGUUCAAGAGUGAAACCGGUUUCAAUGGAGAAUUUUGAAAGGAAGAGAAUAAAUUUUAAUAUUCAAGAAAUCGAUGAUCCGGAAAUAAAAGAAGUGAUUCCAAAGAUUGAGAAUAGAUAUUUUUUAAAUGAUAUAACUCGCAACUCUGUUGCCAAUAAUAAUGAUAAUCAAAAAGUGUCUGGAAUAAAAAAUUCUUUGGAAGAAACGACAAUUGAUUCGCAAGCUUUGCAAUUGAUUAAAUCAGUAAUUAAUGAUAACGAAACAACUGAAGCAAUUCAUGACUAUGUCAAAACUAUAAAAAAUACUGAAUUUUCUGUAAAAGACAAAAAUACUGAAACAAAUAUGACUGAUUUAAAUAUUUACAACAAAAAUAGUAAUGUUACUGAAACAACUAUAAACGUAUUAGACGCUGAUCGUUCUAAAGAAAGUUUAUCUUCAGGAUUAAUAAUGAACAAAACUAAAAUACCGAAUAGUGACGAUAUUAUAUCCACAGAAAGAAAUUUAACCACUCAAACAGAUAAUAUACCGUCGAUAUCAACUAUUACAAAUGAAACUACAACCGAAAAAUCGCGUGAUGACAUGAUAACGAUAGAAACUAUUAAAUUGUCGAUUAAUGAAGUAAUUAAAAAUGAAUCAAUAUUUAAUACUACUAAUGAAGAAACUGCACAUGAUAGAAAAGAUAAUGAUAUAAAAACUAAAGAAAGAAUUGAAUUAUCAAAUGGUGAGAAUAUCACGACGAUUGAAACAAAUUUAGACACUAAAAGUGAUGAUCAAGAUUUACUUUUAGUAGCGAGUACAAUUACUAAAAAAAUCACAUUUGCCGAUAAUGAUAAUGUUAAUGCAGCUAUCAAUAAUUCAGUGAUCGGUAAUUUAAAACCAAACUUUUCAUUAUCUUUGAAUACAAGCGAAGAAUCUGAAGUGAAGAGUUUGGAUUUACAUUCGGAGUUAAAUUUUGGUACACAAUAA